AAUAUAUUAGGAAUAGGAUAUUUGGUGGUAGAUUUAGUUUAUGUCGUCGCUUCGUCCGUCUAUAUAAGACGGUGUCGUUGGGAAUUCCACUCGAAAAGAAAGAACAAUCGUGAAAGUUUGUUAGCAAAAAUGAUUCAUGGAAUCAUAUCAGUGUUAAUAGUUGCAUUCGUUUUUAUUCUCUAUGGAGAGUUAAGAAAAUGGUUCAUCAAAAGAAAGCUACGAAAUUUCGAAUCACCUAAAGAAAUGCCGAUUCUUGGUGUAACACCACACUUUUUGGGAAAAUCAGAUGACGAAUUUUGCAAUGUUCUUGCAAAUUUUUUCUACGAAGUGAAGACAACACCACUUCAAAUAUGGCUCGGUCCGGUGCUAAUGAUCGGUGUAUCAGAGCCAGAAGAUAUACGAAUUAUUUUGACGAGCAACGAUUGUCUCAAUAGACCACACAUUUAUAAAUUUAUGAUCAGUCCGACAACUAUUAUUGCUACGGAUAAAGAGAUUUGGAAGCCCCAUCGUCGAGCAUUGAACGCAGCAUUCAAUCCGAAAGUGUUACAAAGCUUUGUGCCAUUUCUGAACGAGAAAUCGCGUAUCCUGAUCACGAAAAUGGAGCCAUUUUUCAAAGAAAACGGAGAUAUGUAUCGAACAAUUUUCAUCGGUCAUAUGGAUACAGUUUCGAGAACGUUGAUUGGUUUGGACAUGAAUGCGCAAUAUGAAGAAACCGGUGCAACAUUUAGUGAAGUUUUAAGAGUAGCCAUGAGUACCAUACAGUGUCGAAUCGCUCGAUUUUGGUACCAUUUGGAUUGGAUAUUUAAAUGGUCAAAAACUGGUCGAGUACAGCAAGACUGUGUAAACAAAGGAAAUGUAAUGCUUGAAUCUUUGUAUGAGCGAAAAGUGGAUGAAAUAAGAGAAAAAGGUAUCGAUUAUUUGGACAAAAUUAAAGAAGAAAAUACCGCGAGUCCAAUUGAAAAGUGUUUGAUGCUGGAACAAAGUGGAAUUUUUGACCAUCAAACUGUUCUGGAUCAUUUGCGAUUAUUUUUCAUCGGUGGUGUGGAUACGUCAUCGAUCACAGUGUUUGGCACUCUAUUGAUGCUUGCCAUGAAUCAAAAUCACCAAGAACUAGUUGUUGAAGAGCUGCGAUCGGUUUUCGAAUCGGCGGAUUGUGAUGUAACUCACGAUCAUUUGGCUAGAAUGCCAUAUUUAGAACGCGUUAUCAAAGAAUCAAUGAGAUUGAUUCCACCGAUUCCGUUUAUCGCCCGAAAACCGUCUGCUGACAUUGAGGUCGCCAGAGGAACCAUACCAAAGGGCGCGAAUGUCAUCAUUAAUAUCAUGCAUUUACAUCGAAAUCCGAAAAUUUGGGGCGAAAACGCCACUGAAUUUGAUCCGGACCGUUUUCUGCCAGAUAAUAUUGCAAAACGGCCACCGUUCACUUACAUCCCGUUUUCUGGUGGACCAAGAAACUGCAUCGGUAUGAAAUACGCAAUGAUGUCAGCUAAAAUCGUUCUAGCCAACUUACUGCGACGAUACAAAUUUACCACCAAGUUAAAAUUUCAGGAUCUUCAUUUCAAAAUGCAUAUCAUUCUGGAAAUAUCCAAUGAAAAUGCACUUCAACUCGAAGAGAGAAACUUUGCAAAUCAUUAAGUGAUAAAUGCGAUGUAAAAAAAAUUAAUAUUCAUUGCAAAUAAUUGAAUUGUUUUUUUUUCUUCUGUAUCUAUGGAAUUCUACAUUAAAAAUUAUAUGUUUCUGAAUUAAAUUCAAAGAUAAAUCAUAAUUUUGGUACUAAGCUAUUGAACAGAUCAUCAUGUGCUCUUUUAUCUUGACAAAAAGACGUCGAUUUUGAUGUUAGUUUUAAAAUACGAUUGUUUCUAUUAUUCUCAUAUUACUAUUGAACUUGGCUGUUAAUAAAUACCUAUGCAAUAAACAAAUUUAAUGGUCAAUGGUUUGUAAAAGAUAUAGUAGACUUGUGCAUUGUACAAGCCAGAAGAAUCAUAGUUAAAAGCUUCCGUUAAAUUAUUUAGCAUUUGCAUAAGUUGCUUAAGCGCUUGCAACGCUUCUUGUUUGAUGACGACGAUGAUGAUGAACGCCAUGAUUCAGAAUGAUUAUAAUUCGUUGAUCUGAAGAUAGCCAAAUAUCAGUAAUGCUUCAUCAUUCACAUCUAAUGAUAGCAUUAAUAAUAAAACUUGCAUUUAUGUUGACAUUGUAAUUUAUAUAAAUGACACAAAUACAUGAAUGAAUUGAAAAAUUAUAUAUAAAACAUAUGAGAUAUUUGACCUCCGGUUUAGUUUUGGUUGUGCUCCCAAAGAAGACGGUUACGUUGAGAAUCCCACUAACAAAAAAAAAAUAACGACUGUGAAAGUUUGUUAGCAAAAAUGAUUAAUGGAAUCAUAUCAGUGUUAAUAGUUGCAUUCGUUUUUAUUCUCUAUGGAGAGUUAAGAAAAUGGUUCAUCAAAAGAAAACUGCGAAAAUUCGAAUCGCUCAAAGAUGUGCCAAUUCUUGGUGUAACGCCACGCUUUUUAGG